UGCACAGAACCAGGCCAACACUGCUGUUGCACCCUAGUAGUUUCCUAACGCAAGAAGAGAAACUGUUAACCUCGAUCUCGUAGGCUAGUUCGACUGACCUAUUUCAUAACACCAAACGUUACAUCAUAUAAAGUCUAUUACCACCUGGGGUAAACACGACCUACAGCCUGGGAAUAACCAUAGCUCCAUGCGAUCGAUCAGCACAUUGUGACAUUGGUAUGACACAUUGACCUGCUAUAAUUGCUAGCUAGCUAGCGGACUAGCUAAACACUUGUAAAUCCGUGAAAUAGUGACUCGGCGAAAUCCAUUUGUGGUUGAAGUUGUCUUGUUUGAUUUCGUCGUACCUCCUCACUGACCUUGAGGUUAAGUGACUAUGUCCUGCCCAUGUACGUCGGCCGCGAGGAUAUUCUUCAAUUCCGCACAAAGAGGGUUCUCAUGUUCACGGAUUCAGCUCUAUUCCUUGAGUAGACCAGGAUCGCGUGAAACAUAUUUACCGUCCAGGGUCCGCGUGAGAUCCUUUUCUGAAACAGCAGUCUGCUUUGCCUCAAAAGAUGGUACCACAAAGGAUGGCUCUGGUGAUGGUGGAAAGAAAAGCAUCAGUGAAGGGAAGAGAUCGUCUGGCUCCUCUGGGGGCUCAGGGAAAGGAGGAAGCCAGCUACGCUGCCCCAAAUGUGGAGAUCCCUGCACACAUGUGGAGACCUUUGUCUCAUCGACACGAUUUGUGAAAUGUGAGAAAUGCCAUCACUUUUUUGUGGUCCUGUCUGAGAGUGACUCCAAGAAGGGCUUAAACAAAGAGGCGGAGUCUGCUGCUGAAGCAGUCAAACUGGCUUUUGCUCAGAAACCACCCCCGCCACCUAAAAAGAUAUACGCAUACCUCGACAAAUACGUUGUGGGUCAGUCCUAUGCUAAGAAGGUGUUAGCCGUGGCUGUGUACAACCAUUACAAACGCAUCUACAACAACAUCCCAGCAGGGGGCCAACAGCAGGCGGAGGUGGAGAAACAGGCCUCCCUGACACCCAGAGAAUUAGAGAUGAGAAGACGUGAGGAUGAGUACCGAUUCACAAAACUACUGCAGAUUGCUGGGAUCAGUCCCCAUGGUAACGCCCUGGGCGCAUCCAUGCAGCAGCAGGCUACCCAGCAGGCACCGCAGGAGAGGAGGGGCGGGGACGUUUUGGACUCCACCCACACUGACAUCAGACUGGAGAAGAGCAACAUCGUGCUCCUGGGUCCGACUGGAUCAGGCAAAACCUUGCUGGCCCAGACCCUGGCGAGGUGUCUUGAUGUUCCCUUUGCGAUAUGUGAUUGCACCACUCUGACUCAAGCCGGAUAUGUAGGGGAGGACAUUGAGUCAGUCAUUGCCAAACUGUUGCAGGAUGCAAACUACUCAGUGGAGAAAGCGCAGCAAGGGAUAGUGUUCCUGGAUGAGGUGGAUAAGAUUGGCAGCGUGCCUGGCAUUCACCAGCUUAGAGAUGUUGGGGGGGAAGGAGUCCAGCAGGGACUUCUCAAACUGCUGGAGGGCACAAUCGUCAAUGUUCCUGAGAAGAACUCCAGGAAACUUAGAGGAGAGACCGUUCAAAUAGACACCACGAACAUCCUGUUUGUCGCAUCGGGUGCUUUCAAUGGACUUGACAGAAUCAUCAGCAGGAGAAAGAACGAAAAGUACCUGGGUUUUGGCACCCCCUCCAACAUGGGGAAGGGGCGGCGUGCGGCGGCGGCGGCCGACCAGGCCAACAGCAGCGGGGACACGGACACUCUGGCUGAGAUCGAGGAAAAGGACCGGCUGCUGAAGCUGGUGGAGGCCAGGGACCUGAUCGAGUUUGGGAUGAUCCCAGAGUUUGUGGGCCGCCUGCCGGUGGUGGUCCCUCUGCACAGCCUGGAUGAGGAGACGCUGGUGCGCAUCCUGACGGAGCCCCGCAACGCUGUGGUGCCCCAGUACCAGGCUCUCUUCAGCAUGGACAAGUGUGAGCUCAGUGUAACUGCAGAUGCCUUGAAGUCCAUCGCCAGGCUGGCCCUGGAGAGGAAGACUGGAGCCCGUGGUCUCAGGUCAAUUAUGGAAAAGCUGCUCCUGGAACCCAUGUUUGAGGUUCCUCACUCUGACAUCAUGGCUGUAGAGUUGACCAAAGAUGUCGUCCAGGGGAAAUCAGAGCCCAGAUACGUCAGGGCUCCAGUGAAGGUGUCUACCGAGGAGGAAUACGACUCCGGCGUUGAGGAGGAGAACUGGCCCAGACAAGCAGACGCGGCCAACAACUGAUCCUCCCUCCGCCCUUUUUGUUUCUCCGAGAUCUCCUAACGACUGCAGUCUCAAAUCAUUAGAUUCCCUAGAACCCUUAGAUGGAAAACAGCUGUUGUCUCCUCAUAACCCUGCCCUGAGACCCUAGACAGGCCUUGGAGGCUGUAGGAAAGAGAACACAUCCUGGAGGGUCACACUGAGGUGUGUCAGCAUAAAUAACAGGAUUUGUAUCAGACACGCGUCCUAUUGGUCCCAUGAAUCCAGGAGUUAAUCUGUAACAACAGGAGGUGCACAACUAACAAGGUGGACUUCUACCUGGUACAUUUUCAAUCUUUGCGGAUUGUUAACAAUUUUAUCUAUCUAAAAGAUAAUGCAAUUUUAUUCUUAAAAGGAUUAGUAGCUAGGAGAUUUGCCUUCUCUUUUUUGGGGGUGAUAGGUUGUAAGGCAAGGGAAUCAAAUUAUCAUAAUGGGAUCAUAUUGUACACUUGAAGGCAUAGGGUUAGGAAUAUUCUGCUUCAAUAUUUUCUUGUUACAUGAUGCAGCUAAUGCCCUGUUGUCAUGGUAUUCAAUAUUCACAUCAGUAUUUGGAUGUUUUCUUACUCACCAUUUUAAUAAUGGUGUUGGUAAUGAAAUUGGCUCGUAAAUGUGGGGCAGUGGCGCAUAGUUAGAAUGGAUCCGUUUGUAUCACGAGGCAACCUGUAUUAUGUCAUCACUUGUUUUAGUGUAUGCCCACACCAGCACACUAAACAGCAGGACUAGAAACUUGUUACCUUUUUAAAACACUCGAAAAAGUUUGUGUUGUGUGUUUUAUUUUCAAUCUCAAACCUCUCCGGUAGAAUGUAUGAAACCAUACCCUCAGAUUCCUUUACACGCGACUGAAUCGACACAGAAAACCUUCCUGCAUUUGGUCAAGUUUAGGAACCUCACCUUAAGUGAUGCCGACUGUAAAUCGUACUUCAGUAGACUACUCUGUAAUCUUUGCCUUUUUUUCCUAGCACAGUCUUUGGACGAAACCAUGCUGCUGCCCACCUACAUGUUCUAUGAAAUGAGAUUAAUUUAGGAAGGUAACUUUUUAAUUUGUUUAAAAUUCAUAUUUGCUUUAAGUUAUGUUUCAAAAUUGCUUUUCUCUCAGUUCGAAGUUCAAUCAUCUAUAUGCCCUAAAGUUGUGAAUCUAAAACGUGUUGUGGUAUUGUUUAAAAAUAUAAAUAAAAUGUAUAUCUGUACAGACA